UGCAGCACUUGCAAAGGUUGGGCCGCAAGUGAUCUUGUUUUAUUUUCUCAUCAGAAAAGGUUACCAUGGAGGUGCCUUCUUGUAAGUAUUCAAACAUCAGAUGCAUUCUAUGUACUGGAUUUCACUAAUUACGAUGUUGAUUUGCAUUUUUAGACCAACCUUUUGAAAUAGUUGAGACAUUUUAUUAGGUUGAUGUAGCUUUGGGUUUCAGUGAUGCUUUGUCUUGGAACACCAGACCUAUAUGAAUUCUGUUUUUUUGAGUUCCCUGAACACAAACUUGUUUUUUUAUUUCUCAGACAAAUUUUCAUUUUUGUGAAGGGAAAUAUAAUGGAACUUGGACCUGAUGCCGUGGUUAUCUGAUUUCCUUCAUCUUUUGGCUUGUUCAAUCCACAACUUCUGCCCUCCGGGUCAUGUACAAUGGCCUAAAUUCACCUCAGCUGACUGGCUGGAGCUCGACAGGUGAUGAUCCAUGUGGGCAGUCUUGGAAAGGUGUAACGUGCUCGGGUUCAUAGGUUAUAGAAAUGUGAGGAUUUUCAUCCUGAUAGUUGGAAUGCUUAGCAUAACACUGAAUACUUCCUUUUCUGAUUUGGGUUUUAUUAUCAGCAAAUUAUCAAGUUUGCAGCUUAGCGGGUCAAUGGGCUACCAGCUUGAUUCUCUUACUGCAUUAACCAGCUUUGACAUGAGCAAUAACAAUCUCGGAAACUCAAUACCUUAUCAACUUCCCCCAAACCUCCAACGACUAAAUCUGGCUGGGAAUAGCUUCAAUGGAGGCCUCCCUUAUUCGAUUUUCCAGAUGACUUCUCGCAAAUACCUGCAAGUUUGGCACCUUUUUUGUUUAAUUCUAUUAUGAAUUUAUAUUGGAAACCUGAGAAUUAAGCGGUGGUAUUGGUGGUGAGUGUAGAAACGUGAGUCGCAAUCAACUUCAGGGUGAAUUGGGUGGCCAAUUUGGUGGA